AUGGAUUGUUUGGAGUCUCGAGAUUGGUCAACACUUGAAUAUGAUGUCCUUGGUAUGAUUCUUAACAAAAUGGUAUCUCUCUAUGACUAUCUUCAAUUUAGCAGUGUAUGCAAGUCUUGGAAUUUUAUUGCCUUACGCUACAAACAUCACCGAUCCUUAAUUACAUCUAACCUUCCUCAACUUCCCAUGCUUAUUGUUCCGUCCGAAUAUGAUAGUGGAAAACAACAUUGUCUUUACGAUCUCAUUAACAACGAAAUCCGUCCUGUAGACUUUGUAUGUUCCUUCAACAAAAGGUGUUGUGGUUCAUCUUUCGGUUGGUUGAUCAUGCUUGAAGACACACUUGAUAUUACUUUGUUUAACCCUUUUAAUGGGAAUGUGAUUCAUAUUCCUCCCAUUACUAUACAUGAUGAACCUGGUUACUCUCCUAUUGCCAUACAUAAAGCCAUACUAACCAAAGAUCCAUCGAUAUAUCCACAGGGGUUUACUAUUGUUGCCAUUUAUAGUUCAUUUCGUAGAUUGUGUCUCAUGGAAGCUAAGGAUAAAAGGUGGAUCUAUCACAACCUAAACAGGAAUAAUGGUUUUGAUGAUGUUAAUGUUGUCGAUGACAUUUUAUAUGUUUUGGAUUGGCGGAUUGGACUUUGGAUUGUGAAAGUUGAGGAUAGCUCAAUUUAUUUGAAGAAGGUCAUAUUUAGUUUCAAUUUUAACGAAGCUGAUAUUGCGUAUCUUAUCGUGUCCUCCAAACGUGAGCUUUUAUUAGUUAGUAGGUUUGUCGUAACGCAAUGGGAAGGACAAGUUCCAAAUGAGAUUUUAAAGUUCACAAGGACUUCCAAAUUUAUAGUCCACAAAGUUACUCAUGAAUGUGAGGAUGGAAUAAUGAGAGUUGUAGAGGUGGAGAGUUUAGAUGGGGAUAUAAUUGUCACCAUUUUGCUUUUCCUUAUUUACAUGGACAUCAAGAUGCAGGAAUAUACCGCGUAG